AUGGCUUCCACCGACAAGUCACCGGGCCCCACGCCAGCAAAGGGACCGGAGCCAAUUCCCGGCAAGCCCAUGAGCACUGGGCAGCACGUGAUCGACAAGAGUGUGAUGAUGAUGCAGUCUCUCAAACCCAUAAAGCAGAUGAAGCAGCACGUGUGCACCUUCGCCAUGUACAGCCACGACAUGUCUCGCCAGAUUGAGACUCAUCACUACUGCACCCGCCUCAACCAAGAUUUCCUCCAGUGCGCUGUCUACGAUUCCGAUGACUCCAAUGCUCAUCUCAUCGGUGUGGAGUACAUCGUGUCUGAUAAAAUCUUUGAAACUCUGCCUCCGGAGGAGCAGAAGCUUUGGCACUCUCAUGCUUAUGAGAUCAAAUCAGGUCUCUGGGUGAAUCCCAGAGUUCCAGAGAUGAUUGGGAUGCCAGAGCUUGAAAACCUUGCCAAAACUUAUGGCAAAUUCUGGUGUACAUGGCAGGUUGACAGAGGGGAUAGGCUUCCAAUGGGUGCACCAGCCCUGAUGAUGUCUCCGCAAGCAGUGAGCCCUGGGCUGGUGAGGCCAGAGUUACUGCAUGAGAGGGAUGCCAAGUACAAUAUUUCCUCAGAGAGUUUGGCAAGCUCAAGGUUGGAGAUUCUUGAGCCAGAGAUGAUUAACCCUAUGGCAGACUAUUGGAAACAUCAUGGCAAUGGAUUUGCUAUUGACUUUGAGGAGACUGAAAUGAAAUUGAGGGCACCUUUUCCUUGA